AUGGAUGCCUACGACAGAGAACCGUGCCCAAUGCGAGUUAUGGAUGAUAUCGGCAGUGCGUUUGCCUUAGGCCUCAUCGGUGGAGGAAUAUACCAGGCGGUUGAGGGUUUCCGAAACGGGCCGGCCGGGUUCAGAAGGCGUUGCAACAGCGCUUUUCAAUCGGCCACCACCCGUGCUCCGGCCAUGGGCGGAACGUUUGCUGCUUGGGGUGGCUUGUAUGCCGCCAUUGAAUGCACAAUGGUCGGCAUCAGGAAGAAAGAAGACCCAUGGAACACGAUUACAAGCAGCGCUCUGGCCGGCGGCAUACUGGCCGCGAGAAAAGGGCUUCGGUCGAUGGCGUUUAACGCGUUCGGUAGUGCCGCAUGUAUGGCAGCUUUCGAAGCCUACGGCUGGUACUCGGAGUACAGGUCAGCCAAAAAAUUUAGACCGCGAGCGCCAAAAUAUGACAACUAA